AUGUGUCGGUAUCGGUUUAAUAACAUCAGAUUCUAUGUAAAAGUGUUUUCCCUACCCCGGGGUCCGUUCCCACUACCCGUUGUGGGCAAUGCGUUGCUAUUUAGAAAUACAAAAGUGAAUCAAUUCGUGACAAUCAAUGAAUUGCAUCAAAUCUAUGGCCCGGUGUUUACCCUAUGGAUUGGCGGAACACCAAUGGUUAUGAUCGCGGGUUUGAAUUUAAUUAAAACAGCAUUUAAUUCAAAACACAACGAAUUAAUGGGAAGACCAAAGACAGCGUUCAGCGAAGCGCUGUUGCAGUCGGGCAGUGACGUCGCCUUCACAGAUCACGGCCCGGUUUGGGCCAGUCUUAGACGUGUCGCACACUCGGCGGUCAGAAAACUAGCCAUAAGUGAGAAGUUGUCUGAUUUGGUGGACGAUGUGGUCGACGAGACCGUACAGACCAUGAAGAAGACACACCCGAUUGGGACACCAUUUAAUCCCAAGAGUUUUAUUUAUGCGAAUGUAUUCAAUAUAAUCGCUUCGUCCGCUUUCGGCAAACGAUACCAGUUUGAAGACAAAGAGCUCAAGUAUUUAGAGGAUUCAUUUGAGUACUUUAGGGCCAACUCUAACGCACUGUUAAUUUGCGAUCGCAUACCUGUCCUCAAAUUGUUGCCAAAAUACGCCAAAGUAUUUACAAAAAUUAUAAAAACAAUGAGUGGUCUGUCAGUGUUUGCGAGACAGCAAUAUAUGGAUCACCUGAAGACCCAUUCCUCGGGUGUCGUCAAUGACUUCUGUGACGCUCUCAUUGAGGCUAAAGAGGAGGCCAUUCAGGAGGCGAAGGAAAGCGCAUCCGAUUUAACAGAUAAAAACCUUUCACUCGUUAUUAUGGACUUAUUUUUUGCCGGUUCCGACACAUCUCAGUAUAUGAUGCGAUGGAUUCUACUAUUGAUGGCAAACAACACUGAAAUGCAGAUUCAGAUGAGGGAUGAGAUCGAGUCUGUGAUCGGCGAUAGAGUGGCCACUAAUGAACACAGAAAUGAAUGCCAUUUUGUUAACGCUUUCAUUGCGGAGACACUUCGGUAUAGAGGGGUCGCACCCAUUGGUAUUCCUCACGUGGCAAUGUGUGACAUGCAAUUGGAUAAAUAUCACAUAAAAGAGGGCACUUUUGUGAUGGGAAAUCUGUUGUCUAUUAAUCGUGAUCCAAACUUGUGGCCAAAUCCCGAAGUGUUUGAUCCCAAGAGGUUUCUCACCAGUGAUGGUAAGUUCGUGUCAAACAUCCCGGGGUUCACACCCUUUGGUAUCGGCCGUCGUAUAUGUGUGGGCGAAAAGCUGGCGCUCGCGGACCUGUUUUUCAUAACAGUGCGUCUCUUGAAGUCGACCAAUGAGUGUGUGUUUGCGUUACCGACGGGCGACGGAUCCGCCGACUUAGACCCCAACCCCGAUAUACUGUUACUAAACACUCCAAAGCCCUACGAAAUUAUGCUAAAAACCAGAUAA